AUGCCGAAGAAACGUCGAGCGAACGGGAGAAACAAACCCUCCGGGGCCAGAGGACACGUCAAGAGAGUAUUUUGCGAAUCUAGCGGUGCGUUGGUGCCAAAAGACAAAGCCGUGAAGAGGUUCAUCGUUAGAAACAUGGUUGAAUCUGCAGCCAUUCGCGAUCUCCAAGAGGCGUGCGCGUACGAAACGUAUACUUUACCGAAGAUGUACAGAAAGGUGCACUACUCCAUCUCUGCUGCGAUUCACAGCAAAGUCGUGAGAGUGCGAUCCAGAGAGGCGAGAAGAAUCAGAGAACCGCCUCGCAGAGCACCGAGAAAACAAGAGAAGUAA